AUGAGGCAAGUGAAUCUGUUGAGAGGCACCUUGCGGGCGGCAUGCCAGCCGUCGUUACGGGCAAAUGUGCUUUUGCCCAGCAAUGGCUCCACGAGAUUUGGAUUGCAAGCGCAUAAGAAGCCCAUCAUGAGUCUUACCCUCCGGAGAUUGGCCCGCCAACAACAGACUGCCUUGCAUACAUCUUCAAAAUGCCUUACGGCUUCAGUGAUGCAUGACAACUCCGUGGUCUCACCUACGGCCGAACCCGUUUACAAGCCACCCACGACCGGGUUUCUCUCGCAUCUUCCGGCGUCAUGGGUUCCGUACGCCGAGCUCAUCCGGAUUGACAAGCCGGUGGGCACGUACUAUCUCUUCUUUCCCUGCCUUUUUUCGACGCUCAUGGCUGCGCCAAUGGCUAUGGCAACACCCGGCGCAGUCAUUGGCACGACACUCCUUUUCGCCACGGGCGCCCUCAUCAUGCGUAGCGCUGGCUGUACCAUCAACGACCUUUGGGACCGUAACCUUGAUCCGCAUGUAACGAGAACCAAAUUUCGGCCCAUCGCUCGGGGCGCUAUUACCCCUUUCAAUGGCUUGGUCUUCACAGGUGCUCAGCUCCUAGCCGGGCUGGCUGUCCUGGUUCAGUUCCCUACAUCUUGUUUGUUCUAUGGCAUCCCCAGUCUGUUCCUCGUUGCAUCCUACCCCCUCGCCAAACGCGUCACCUACUAUCCCCAGGCUGUCCUCGGACUGACCUUCUCCUGGGGUGCCAUGAUGGGGUUCCCAGCCCUCGGUAUCGAUUUGCUCUCUAACAGUGGAGCAUUGAUGGCUGCAGCGUGUCUGUACACGUCGAAUGUCGCGUGGACCGUGUUGUAUGACAUGAUCUACGCGCACCAGGAUAUCAAGGAUGACGCCAAGGCGGGCAUCAAAAGCAUUGCAUUGAAGCACGAUGCCGAGACCAAGCAGGUCCUGACCGGCUUGGCCGCGGUACAGAUUGGUCUGUUAGGUCUCGCAGGCUUCGCUGCCGGUGCUGGCCCGCUUUUCUACAUUGGAAGCUGUGGUGGUGCCGCAGUGACGCUUGGUAUCAUGAUCAAGCGGGUCAAUCUCAAGAGUGUCAAGGACUGCUGGUGGUGGUUCUGCAAUGGCUGCUGGCUUACAGGUGGUGUUAUUAGUCUAGGCCUCGCCGCCGACUACGUUGUACGAUAUAUUCAAGGUGACGAGACGGAGGAGGCGGAGACCCAGAAGGCGUAA